ACGACGGCUGGCGGGCGACGGUCUCCCUGGUGGACAGCGACCUCAUGGUGCUGGAAGGGGACUCCUACACCAUCCGGCUCCUGCGGGACUUCCGCGUGGCCCUCUCCCGGAUGGUGAUGUUUGAGGACGUGGCCGUCUACUUCUCAGUGGCGGAGUGGGCCAACCUGGCGGAAUGGCAGCGGGACCUGUAUCGGGCCGUGAUGGUGGAGAACUACGAGGCCGUUGCCUCUCUGGGGUACCUUACCGUCAAACCCGAAAUCAUCUGUAAGAUAGAGCGAGAAGAAGACCUCUGCGUAGAAGAGCCCCUGGAAUCCCCCAGGUGGAGGCGACCCCAGAGCCCCUGGCUGGCAGGAGAUGAGAUUCGGAUGGCAGACGAGGAAGAAGGCGAAGGGGCGGGUGUCGUCUUACGAAUUCCAGCCCGGCGCAAGAGGAGGAAGAAGAAGCAGCAGCACUCGAUGGGGACGGAGAAGCCGGUGACCCGGGCGACCAGCGCCCCUGCCAAGACGGAGGCCGAGUCCCUGCCCCGGGUGACGCUGAAGAUGAACCCGCCCAAGUGCCCGGAGUGCGGCAAGAGCUUCCUGAGCAACGUGGCCAUGACCAUCCACAUCCGGAAGCACACGGGGGAGCGCCCCUUCAAGUGCCACCUGUGCCCCAAGGCCUUCCCCUCCCGGGGGGACCUGAAGCGCCACAUCAAGACCCACCUGUGCCGGAAGGAGCCCCCCGGCGCCAGCUCCGCCCCCAAGGGGAAGAAGUGCCUCGCGGCCAAGCUCCAGCUCCUGCGCCAGUUGGGGGUCACCCCGGGGCCCCGGAAGCCCCACAACUGCCCCCAGUGCGGGAAGAGCUUCCACAAGAGCCAGGACCUGCGCAAGCACGAGGGGACGCACUCGGCCGAGCGGCCCUUCCCCUGCCCCGAGUGCGGGCGCCGCUUCCGGCUCAGGCAGAUCCUGGUGGCCCACAUGAAGGUCCACGUCGGGGAGAGGCCCUUCGCCUGCGCUCAGUGCGGGAAGCGCUUCCGGCAGAAGCACCACGUCGAGAGCCACCAGCGGGUCCACACCGGCGAGAAGCCCUUUGCGUGCACCACCUGCGGCAAGCGCUACGCCCAGAAGCAGCCCCUCAUCAGCCACCUGCGGGUCCACACGGGCGAGCGGCCCUACGCGUGCACCGAGUGCGGGAAGUCCUUCCGGAACCAGGCCACGCUGACCAUCCACUACCGCAUGCACACCGGGGAGCGGCCCUACCGCUGCCUGCUCUGCGGGAAGACCUGUAGCCAGCUGCAGCACCUGAAGAGCCACCAGCGCGUCCACCGCGGGGAGCAGCACCUCCUGGCGGCCGGGGACACCAAGGCCCUGGCGCAGAAAAGGGCCCGGGAGAUGGCGGAGAAGCCCUUCCCCUGCCCCACCUGCGAGAAGCGCUUCCGGGACGAAAAGAUCAUGCAGGUCCACUUGAGAACCCACGAGGACAAGAGGCCGCCGAAAUCGGGAUCCUCGCCAGCUGGUGCAAUCUCGGGCCAAAACACCCUUCCUUCUGUCCUGGCGAGAACGGCCCGGCCCGAGGGCAAAUCUGUUAGCGGAGGGACAGGUGCAAGCAAGAGGCGUUCUGCCGCGACGCAUCCGGGUGCCGUCGCUGGGAGGAGGUCCUUUGCGUGCGGCGACUGCGGCCGGAAGUUCACGCAGGCAAAAUAUCUCACCCUGCACCGGAGGAGCCACACCUGA